UACGCAAACACAUAAUUGUGUUUUGAUGUAAUAUUAUCACAGUGUAAAUACCAAAACCACUGUUUGUUUAUUAAACGGUCUCACUAAAAACUAAAUUCAGUCACUAAAUUGUCUUUAAUCAAACAAAUUGAAACAUAUUUUAGAUGUAAAUUUAACCUAAUUCCUGUUAAGACUGCACAGAAAUGUCUGAAUUGCCUGAAACUUUUGUGCCGGGUUUCCACGACGAGAAUGCCGUCAGAAAAAUGAAAUAUAAUAAAUUCGGUAACACUGGAAUGAGUGUGUCCCAGCUGUCUCUUGGGACAGGAGGAUUUUGCUUGAAUUAUGGCCAGUUUUCGCUCGAGCAAUGCAAAGCGACGGUUCUCGCGGCCCUCAAGAACGGCAUCAACUACAUCGACACCGCCCCGUGGUACGGCCAAGGCGUAUCCGAGGAGGUCCUAGGCAAGUGCCUCGAGGGAAUCCCACGGAGAGCUUAUUACAUAGCCACCAAGGUAGCUCGCUACGAAAAAGACCCCAAAUUAAUGUUCGAUUUCUCGGCGAAGAAAACGAGAGAGAGCAUCGAUGCGAGCUUGAAAAAACUGAAGCUUGAUUACGUCGACGUUUUACAAGUCCACGACAUCGAAUUUGCACCUUCGUUGGACAUUGUCCUCAAUGAAACGCUUCCAGCGGUUCUCGAGGCGCAGAAACAGGGCAAAACCAGGUUUGUGGGGGUGACCGGAUAUCCGGUUUCGGUGCUCGCCGAAUGCAUCGAAAGAAGCACAGUUAAAAUCGACUCAGUUUUGUGUUAUACAAGACUGUCAUUACUCAAUCAAACGGUCAAGGAGUAUCUCCCUCGCUUCAAAGCGAAAAAUUUGGCGAUUGUUAAUGCAGCACCGCACUGCAUGGGGCUGUUGAGCAGUGCAGGGCCCCCGGAAUGGCACCCAAUGACCCAAGAAAUUGGAGAUGUGUGCACUGAAGCCAGAGAGUUUUGCCAUAAAAACGGUGUUGAAAUUGGGAAACUCGCCCUGUAUUACGCCCUAAAUGAAGAUGGUCCUCAUACUAUCCUUGUCGGUAUGAACAACACAGAGUUGCUCAAGUGCAAUCUCGACGUGCUCCAUAGUGGGUUAAGUGAUAAAGAAAAAGAAGUCUACAAUCACGUCAAAAAUAAUAUACUGUCAAAAUUGAAAAAGACUGACUGGGAAGGUGUCGAAGUGGCUCAAUAUUGGGCUUCGGUCAAAGCUUGAUUUUCGAAAUUGUUUAGUCUAAUGGAAUUAUAAUUUAAAUUAAUUUUAACAAAAUUAAACCCGGAUUUUGAAUAGAAGACGCUUCAAUAUUUAGAAACUCUUUAUGACUUGCGUUAAUGUUAUUAACUUUUUUUCUUCGAACAGCACUUUCAUCACGAUGGACAAAAAACUCCCGGAAUUUUUUAUGUUCAGUCUCAUUUUGUGACGUUAUUUUAACAGUGAAACAAUUUGAAUUAAAUGAUUUAUUUUA